AUGUCUUUCUGGGGCCACCGCUCCUCCUCAUGCCAGAGGAAGUCGUUCUUCUUGUCGAAAAACGUGUGUGCAUAUGGAGAACACCGGCGUCACAUCUACUACGCUCGGCUAACAACUUCUGCAGAACUGGCUGUACUAGUCGAUGAUCCCCAUGCUCAUCGCACGCCGUCUGCUGGGGCGCUCAAGCAGUGGAACGCUGACCGUGCUGCUUCCGCAAAGCUCCAGAUAGCCGCCGCCCAGGCGAAACUCGCAACAGAGAAGACGAGUAAGCAGGCCAUGUCCGAGGAUGCGCUGCGCAAGCGCAAAGAGCGUGAAGAACGGCGCGCAGCGGCAGCUCGUGCAAAAGCCAUUGCAGAAGGACUCGAUCCGGACACCGCCGAUAUGUCUGCGUCGGGGUCGGCGGCGACUGCAGCUGACGACCGGUCAGUCACGCCGGGCGCGAAUCCGGGCCAGACGACUGCGUAUACAGUCACACUGCCUGCUAGCUCUAGCGAGUUGUCUUGGUACGACCCUACAAAUUGCACAUAUGCGACGAUCGAGGACGCACGCGCCACGGGCGUGUGGACCUACCCCGCAGAUCUCCACGAGCGUGCCAAGUGUGGUGUCUUCCGCGAUCUCUGGGAGAAGGGCAACUUCAUGGGCGGGGGCAUCAAAUUUGGUGGUGACUUCUUGGUGUAUCCCGGCGACCCAUUGCGAUAUCACUCGCAUUUCGUCGCGACGGUACACGACUCGCCCGUCUGGACAAUCAAACCGAUGGAGAUUGUUGCGCACGGGAGGCUGGGAACUGCGACGAAGAAGGCGCACUUAUUAUGUGGAUGGGAUGAUGAGAAGCAACAAGUGGCAUAUUUCUCCAUCGAAUGGGCAGGCUUUGGCUGA